UGCUUCUCUUCCCUUCCCCUCCACUCCAUUUUCGUUUCUCACAAAGUGUAGAAGAAAUUCAUUGAACCCAAUAAAGAUUCAAAAUCUGAAUUUUUAUUAUUAUUUUUCUCCGUGAAAAACAAAAUAAAAUUGAUUUUUAUUUUCUCUGGAUCGAUGGAAGAAAUGGGGAAGAACAAGAUGAAAUCAUCAUCCUCAUCUGGGUUUUUAAAUCGUUCCUUUACGAUGCAUGCGCCAUCCAAAGUUGAUUCUAAUCAUCCAAAAGCUCAUUUCUUCCUCAAGAAUCAACACUCUCAAGAUCGACCUGCUCCGAUUCCCAAAUUCCACGACUCGCUGGAUUCCGUCAAAGGUAAAGUUAAAAAGCUUUGCAGUUUAUUCGAAUCUGGCAAAGAUUCAUCGUCCUCAUCCAACUUGCCCAGUCCUAAAGAACCCGCCUCUAAGCCCGUUUUAAGACCCACAAAAUCGAUGAUUUCGUCGGGUUUUAUUAACCCUUCGAUAAGAUUACCGGGAACCGAAGAUCGCAUCGUCGUUUAUUUAACCAGUUUACGAGGAAUUCGAAGGACUUACGAGGACUGUUACGCCGUGAUGAUGAUUUUUAGAGGGUUCAGACUUUGGGUCGAUGAGAGAGACAUUUCCAUGGAUGCUGCUUAUAAGAAAGAGUUGCAGAGCAUCUUGAAAGUGAAGAAGGUAACUUUGCCCCAGGUUUUUAUAAAGGGAAAGUACGUGGGCGGUGCCGAUGUGAUCAAAAGCAUGUUCGAAAUGGGCGAACUGGCUAAGGUUCUGGAUGAUUUUCCCAGGAGAAAACCUGGGUUUGCUUGCAAUGCUUGUGGGGAUGUCAGGUUCGUGCCCUGUGGGAAUUGCAGUGGCAGCCGGAAAUUGUUCGACCACGACGAAGGCUUGAUCAAGAGAUGCUUCGAAUGCAACGAAAACGGCCUCAUACGAUGCCCUUCUUGCUGCGAUUGAAGCUUUGGUAUUGCUACAAGGUGUUAACGGUACAUAAUGAAGCUCUUGUUCUUCAUCGAUACUGAGGAUCAUGCUACAUAAUGAAGCUCUUGUUUAACCGGAUAUUGGCAAUAAAAUAGUAUGGUGAAAUCAAAAUAUCAUAGCAUUUGAAUUGUUGAGCAGAUUGUUUUCUUUCUUUCUUACCUAUCUAUGCUAUUGUAAAUACUUGGUGUUAUCUUAA